GGGGAAGCUAUUACUCACGAACUACAAGCUGAAGAUCGACCAAGCAUUGAUCAAGAUUUAGAUGACGAAGAAAUUGCGACACAAGGAUCUACUUAUCAUUCAAAAGUUGAUCCGACUGUCUACAUAGCGUGGCGGGUUACAGAAUCCGGUCGCGUGUUAGAGCUAAGACGAUUUUUAAUACAUUCUCAAGAGGAUACUGGUGAAGCCGUUGAUCAGCCUGGUGAAGCAACCCGAGCUGUUCGUUUCAAGUUUUCAUCCAGCAUCUUACCAUACGUCACAUUUUUCACCGAUCCUAUAACGCACUUACCAGCAACUUAUUAUAGUCGUUUUGAAGUAACAUUAUUACAAGAAUUGACUCCUUCUCUGAUACAUGCUGUUGACUACGAAAACAUUGUAAUCGGUUGCACAGACGGGACGAUUUUGUACCUGCAACACCAACCGAUUCCACAUUCUUUUGGAGUUCCAGAAAGGAUUAACGAGGAUAAUUUUACCCAAGUUGUUCUUGGGAAAAAUCUAUUUGGGAAGAUGAUGAAAUUAGUAUUUCCUCGCCAAGAAAUUCCAAUAAUUGAUACCGAAGAAGAUGGUUCCCAAGAGCAACCGAUUGCAUUUGCUUCAUAC